UUCACGCUGAUUUUUUCCCAAAUUUCCCCCCUAAAACCCAAAAACGAAAAACCCCAAAUUUCCCCCCAAAUUUUUUCUUAGUUCUCUCAUCCAAAAGCACAAAUUUUGAAGACCAAAUGGCAACAAUUUCAGCAUUUUCAACUCCUUUGCAUUUAAUCUCCAAAACCCAUUUUAAAUCUCCCAAAAACCUCUUCUUUUAUCCAAAUUCUAUCCAUUUUCAGACCAAAGUUUCCACCUUUUCUUCCAACAACUUAACCUUAUCCUUCAAAAACAGCAAAACUCUUUACGGUACUUGGAAACUCAAGUCUGCAGAAGAAGAAGAAAUAGCUGUUGUUGAACAAGAACGAGAAGAAACAACUGUCGCCGAACAAGAGUCUGUUUCUGUUCCUGUUUCUCCUUCAGACACUCUCAGAAUGUACUUCCAGGCAGAUGGAAUGUUGAAUGAAGCUGAAAUUCUGAAGGUUUCCGUCGAUAUUCUUUAUUGCAGAGAGAAAUAUUCUAAUGGAAUGGUUAUUUCAUCGGCACUGAUAAUAUGGAAAGGAUUGAUUUGCAUUAUUGGGAGCGAGUCGCCGAUGGUGGUUGUGCUAUCUGGGAGUAUGGAACCCGAUUUCAAACGAGUUCAUGAGCAGCGAGAUAUCAAAGAAGCUGAUAUACUCACUAAAGGAGACGCUAAUCUUUACGAUGACAGAAUGUUGUACACAUCUAGUACUCGUUGGUUGCAAAAAAAAUACAUCAUGGGCUGAGCUGUUGGAAAGGAUCCCAUAACGUUCACUUAUGCUUACCUGAGAGCAUGUAGGAGCCAAAUUUGCUGUUCAAAUUCGAAGCCAUGCUCAAACGUUUUUCUCUAAGGGUCAUUGCUUUGAGUUCAUUACAAGAUUUCUUUGAUUAAGUAUAUCUUUUAUUACCAAGAUUUACUUGAUUAAGAAAAUGCAUUGUAUAUUUUAUUACAUUGCAUAUGUAUUAUUUAUUUUAGUUUUGAUUCUAAAUUUGUAUUUUUACUUAAGUGGUCUAACUUUUGGAUUUUAAUUGUGUUAUUAAUUUAUUA